UAAAUUGACAAUCAUGAUUUCAGGAUAUUAAAAAGAGCACCAAUUAUGAGACAUUACAAGGUGUAAGUGGGAAAAUGGAGUUGCAGCAUGAAGUUAAAUUCUUCAUUACUUUGUACCAUCAUGGCAGAUAAUUCCACAACUAAUUACAAGAAAACUGUGGGAACCAAUUCCCUGGUUAAGGAAUGUCAAACACUGAAUAGAAGUGAUAUUUGAGUUCCUGUUGACAAUGCAGACUACAAAAGA